ACUGGUACAGCAAGCGCACCUCCUUCAGUGUAUGUGUGGCAACAACAUGUCUCUACCGCUGCUCGCCGAGGCUGUGACGGUGUCCGGGUCGGAGAAGGAGACUGCAGCGAUGAUCUUCCUGCACGGAUUAGGAGACACAGGGCACGGCUGGGCAGAAACUCUGGCAGGGAUCCAGGUUCCUCACGUCAAGUUCAUCUGCCCUCACGCGCCUAAGAUCCCCGUCACCCUCAACAUGAGGUCCCUGAUGCCCGCAUGGUUCGACCUCAUGGGUCUCAGCCCCGACUCCCAGGAGGACGAAGCAGGAAUCAAGAAGGCAGCAGAAAACAUCAAGGCCAUCAUCGAACACGAGGCUAAAAAUGGGAUCCCCCCAAACCGGAUAAUCCUCGGUGGUUUCUCUCAGGGCGGGGCCUUGUCCCUGUACACCGCUCUGACCUGUCAGCACCAGCUGGCCGGCGUCGUGGCCCUCAGCUGCUGGCUGCCUCUUCACAGGAGUUUCCCUUCGGCGUCGAGCGGGAACAAGAACCUCCCGAUCCUGCAGUGCCACGGAGAGAUGGACUUCAUGAUCCCCGCGCAGUUCGGUGCCAUGACCGCAGAAAAACUCAAAUCCAUAGUCAACCCUCAGCUGCUCACCUUUAAGACCUACCCAGGGCUCCCUCACAGCUCCUGUCCCCAGGAGAUGGCAGCUGUAAAGGAAUUUAUCGAGAAGCAUUUGCCUCGGAUCUGACCUCACCUCAUCCCCACUGUGACCUCCUCUCCGAGACACUGACCUCUGACCCCUGAUAUGCUAAUAUUCCUGCAGGAAACAGCCAUGAGCCCCCCCGCCCACACACACACACACACGCAUAUAAAAGAUGAAACGCGUCUCAGCGGAGCGUCUCGUACGGUCCAAUCAGAAAAUGAGCCUCGGCCUUCGGAGGGACAAACACCGACUCUCGCAGCACAUUCCCGUCUUUUUCUUCCUCUCUCUGUCGCCCUGAUUCGUUUGUUGUUAACACGGUUUGCUUCAUUUAAUCAUCUUCUUUCAGUCGUUCCGUCGCAGCCUCGCUUCUUCUGACUGUUGUUGGGGUCACUGGAGAACCAGCAGAAAGGCCGAGUCAGCUCCGCCUCCUCCAUCCUAAAGUUGUGGCUCAACGUUUCUGUUAAAUCAAAAAUGGAUGAAACUGAAACUGACUGAACACAAAUGGGAGUUUGUUACAACCGAGGUCAGUUGAGCAGCGUCGAGACCCAAAACGCAGACUCCUACAGACUUACUCAGACCCUCCUUAUAUGUGAGAUGGUUUCUGUCAUCAGGGAGAAGGCUCCGAGUCAGUCGGACCCAGACCCAGCCCAGACUUCAGGGAGUCUAGUUCCUGUCCACGCAGGCUCACUCCUGGUGAAACCUCCCUUCCAUAUUUGGUGGUGAUCAGACCUUUCGUACACGUCGUAUCCUCGUGGGGAACAAAAACACUUCUGCUUUGGCAUAGAAAGGUUACUUACACCACUCACACCAGGUUUACUCUCCUCCUUCACUCUUGAGUUUAAACGAGUCCAAAUAAAACGCGUUAGCUUCUAGUUGAAACCUUUUUCAGACUUGAAGCUUCUGACGGCUUCGAUCAAAUGUUCGAACGCUUCCGUUGUUUUGACCUUGUCGUAUCUUCACGCUGGAAAGUUCGAAGAACCUCUUCUAAAGCUCCGGACUUUAGCGUUUUACCCCACAGCUCGUAAGCGCACAGUGCUUAAUUAUUACCAGCUAAAGCUAACGUGGUUAGCGAGCAAAGCUUUUGCCUUUCUGGCUCGUUUGGGAGAAAACCUCAGGAAAGCAGAGGUUCUGUAACGUCCAGCGGCGGCUGGUUUAAGCAGCUCGGGGAUUAAAAACACCGACUGGCUUUGCACCCGCAGGUUUUAUUGCACUUAAAG